ACUGGAAGCCAGAUCUUUCAUGCAUGUGUUGAUUGUGCGAACCAGUCAUUCCCACUGGGAUACGCUUGUGACCAUUCACGGCCUCCUUUUUUGCCAGGGACACUUUCCGACAAGCCUUUUGUGAUGUCAUCAACCUGCCUCAUUCUUGGAAUUUCACAGCGGGACCAGAAGAUGCCAUUCUCAAUACAUCUAAGCAGUACCUGAUGGAUGCUUUUGAUGGCAAAAGCUGGGAGAUAAGGAGUUGGCAACACUAGUCCUAGAACUUUUCUGAAGCCUGUCACAUCAAAGCAUGGCCGAAAAUAAAGAAAGGACUCCUAAAAACACAGAUGUGAGACCUAAAGCGAACCGGAGUAGAAGUGCAGACAGAAAAGAUGGCUAUGUAUGGAGUGGAAAGAAGCUUUCUUGGUCUAAAAGAAGCGAGACCAGUUCUGAUGCUGAAAUGGCAAGCACAUCUGGAAAAUCUACGUUUAGUUUAAAGACCCAGGAGAGGAAACACAGCUGUUCCUCCACAGAGUUGGACCUGGAACAGUCCUGUGGCCACAGGUUCCUAGGGCGUUCUCUGAAACAGAAAUUCCAGGAUGCCGUGGGCCAGUGCUUUCCCAUGAAGAAUUGCGGCAGUCGGCAUUCUUCAGUGCUUCCGUCCAAGAGGAAAAUACAUAUCAGUGAGCUUAUGCUGGACAAGUGCCCUUUCCCGCCACGGUCGGAGCUAGCCUUCCGGUGGCAUUUAAUCAAACGGCACACCGCGCCUGUCAAGCAACGAUCCGAAAGUUGGCUGAGCAUGGAGUCGUCGCAAGGUGAAGGGAAAGAAGGAGAACUGCGGGAUGUGGAGAGUGCCGACGGAGGAGGGCCGGCCGCUCUGCAGGCCGGUGGCAUCGGCGAUGGCGUUUCCUGUAGAUGUGACUCACAGGGCGAAUCUGUCCUGGGUAGGCAGCUGAAGAUGAGCACAGAGGAGAGUGACAUGGACUCUGACGACGAAGUGGUGACACUGUGUACCAGCUCCAGGAAGAGAAACAAGCCCCGAUGGGAAACGGACGAUGAGCUGCUGCACCUGGAAACGCCUCCUAAAUAUCACACCCAGAUCGACUAUGUUCAUUAUCUUGUCCCUGACCUCCUCCAGAUCAAUAAUAACCCAUGCUAUUGGGGAGUGAUGGAUAAAUACGCUGCCGAAGCACUUCUAGAUGGAAAGCCAGAGGGGACCUUUUUGUUACGAGACUCUGCGCAGGAGGAUUACUUGUUCUCCGUAAGUUUCAGGCGUUACAGUCGCUCCCUCCAUGCCAGGAUUGAGCAGUGGAAUCACAGCUUCAGCUUUGAUGCUCACGACCCGUGUGUCUUCCAUUCCCCUGACAUCACCGGACUCUUAGAACAUUACAAAGAUCCCAGCUCUUGUAUGUUCUUUGAACCACUUCUCUCUACACCCUUAAAUAGAACUUUCCCCUUUUCUCUUCAACAUAUAUGCCGGACAGUUAUUUGUAACUGUACGACUUACGAUGGCAUCGAUGCUCUUCCCAUUCCACCCUCUGUGAAAUUAUAUUUGAAAGAAUAUCAUUAUAAGUCCAAAGUUAGAGUCCUCAGGAUUGAUGUGCCAGAGCAACAAGCUUAGGAAACAUUUUGAAAGACAUUCCUGGUGGCUGGUUAGAGAGAGGGGAGGGUGUCUGCUUUUUCUUGCUAGCCUUUCUUUUCCCGCAACAUUUAUUUAUAGUCCAAACUGAACUCUGCCUCCACCUUAGGAUUCAAAUAGAUUUUUAUUCCUCUGCCUCAAUGGGUAGAAUUUUUUGUGAAGACACACUCUGUGGUUUUACUAGUAGUGUUAUUCUCUAGGGGUUUCAAGUGCGUUUAUUUUAAAGUUUUCACUUCAGCCUAACAUUUUUAGAUUUCAAGAUCAAUCAAAAUGAAUUUUACUUGCCUUUUAUAAACUGAAUUCUGUGCGGCACAGGGGCAUGUUUGAAACACUGGAUGCAACAGUUCCUUGAGUGACCAAUUUGUAUUUUAUACCUUUCUUUAAAAAUUAGUACUUUGUCCUCUCUUUGAAAAAGUAAAAUUAAUAAGUCUCUUGA